GAUGCCUGAGGCCGGAUCAAUAUGGGGUUUUGCGGGCACGACGAUGGCGAGUCUUAUGGUCUUCUGGUCAAUGUACAAACAGUUUGUGCCAUACCAAAUCAGAGACUACUUGGAGAAAUGUAUUUACAGGGUGAUCGGUUUGGUCUCAAAUUCUGUUAACAUAAGAUUCACUGAAUACACUGAAGAUAAAGAUCUCACGAAAAGCCAAGCCUACGACUCCAUACGCAACUACUUGUCUUCAAAAUCAACGGCUCGUGCCCAAAGGUUAAAGGCCAACGAAUCCAAAAACAGCAAAUCGUUGGUGCUUAGUUUGGACGAUCACCAAGCAGUUGAAGAUGUGUUCCAAGGGGUGAAGGUGGUGUGGUCUUUGAGCGUGUGGAAGAGUGAUAAUAAAUCUGUCAACGGAGAAAAUAGGUACUUGACUCUGAGUUUUCACAAUCGACAUAGAGAUAUGAUCACAACGACUUAUCUUGAUCAUGUUACAAGAGUAGGGAAAGAGAUUGGGUUAAAUAACAGAGAGAGGAAGCUUUACACUAAUAACUCGAGCCAAGAAUGGUAUCCAUGGAGGGAAGGAAGAUGGAGCAAUGUUCCUUUUGAUCAUCCUGCAACGUUUGAAACUUUGGCUAUGGAUCUUGAUAAGAAAGAUAGGAUUAAGAAGGAUUUGAUAAAAUUUACUAAAGGGAAGGAUUACUAUAAGAAGGUUGGGAAGCCAUGGAAGCGAGGUUAUCUCUUGUUUGGACCGCCCGGGACAGGGAAAUCGACGAUGAUAUCAGCUAUGGCUAAUUUCUUGGAUUAUGAUGUGUAUGAUCUUGAGCUGACGACGGUGAAAGAUAACUCAGAGUUGAAGAAGCUAAUGUUGGAUACAAAAGGGAAGUCUAUUGUUGUGAUAGAAGAUAUUGAUUGUUCGCUUGAUCUUACGGGACAGAGAAAGAAGAAGAAGGAGGAAGAUGAGGAUGAAGAGGAUAUUGAAGAAAAUAAGAAGGAAGCUGAGAAGUUGUUGAAAAGGGAAGAGGAGAGAGAGAGAGAGAGUAAGGUCACUUUGUCAGGUUUAUUAAACGCCAUUGAUGGGUUGUGGUCAGCUUGUACUGGAGAGAAGAUUAUUGUGUUUACAACAAAUUUUGUGGAUAAUCUUGAUCCAGCAUUGAUACGUAGAGGAAGAAUGGACAACCACAUUGAGUAUAUGUCUUAUUGCAGAUUUGAAGCAUUCAAGGUUUUGGCUAAGAAUUACUUGGAGAUUGAGUCACAUGACAUGUAUGGAGAAAUCGAGCAAUUGGUGGAGGAAACCGACAUGUCUCCAGCUGAUGUUGCUGAGAAUUUGAUGCCGAAAUCUGAUGAAGACAAUGCAGAUAUUUGCCUUAAGCGCUUGGUUAAGUCUUUGGAGGAGGAGAAGGAGAAAGCAAUGAAGUUGGCUGAGGAAGAAAAGAAGAAAAAAGCAGAGAGAGAUGCAAGGAGGAAGAAGAAGAAGAAAGCAGAGGAAGAACAGAAGAAGAAGAAGAAGAAAGAAGUAGAGGAAAAUGACAACGUUUCUCAGGAUAAUGUUAACAAAGACUGCAGCAUAGAUGUGAUGAAUUAA